AUGUCUGCCAUCAACUUUCAUUCUAUUAUUGUCAAUGAACUUAUUAAUUUAGAUGUCUUUACAUUUUUGUCUCAGCAAAACUAUACGGUUUUGAGUGAAGCUGAUAUUCGGCAUUGCCAAGAGGAAAAUAUUAUUAAAGUAUCCGCUGUGCUUUCCAUUUCUAAGGUUGCUGCUGGCAUCCUUCUUCGCCACUAUAAUUGGAAUGUCAGUAAAGUGAAUGAUGAAUGGUUUUCUGAUGAAGAAAAGGUACGAAUGGCUGUUGGCUUGCUGGAGAAACCAGUUCCAUUUCUCAAUGCUAAAGAGCUGACUUGUGGGAUCUGCUUUGAAACUUUUCCUUGUGAUAGGAUGAAUGCUGCUGCUUGUGGUCAUCCUUUUUGUGUGACAUGCUGGCAAGGUUGGAUGGAUAUAUUACUGAAGCGGGCUCCAUCUGCUCAUGGACACCUGGAUUUGUGGAAGUCAAAUGUAGUGCCUGCAAAAGUCUAUGUUAUUUUUCCUGCUGGAAUAUAUACAGAAGGAUAUAUUACCACAGCCAUCAAUGACGGUCCUGGAUGUUUGAUGUUGCGAUGUCCUGAUCCAUCUUGUGGUGCAGCUGUUGGUCAGGACAUGGUCAACGUAUUGGCUUCUCAUGAUGAUAUGGAGAAGUAUAAUCGCUACUUUCUUAGGUCAUUUAUUGAAGACAAUAGGAAGACAAAAUGGUGUCCUGCUCCAGGCUGUGAUUAUGCUGUGGAUUUUAUUUUUGGUAGUGGAAGCUAUGAUGUUACUUGCUGCUGCUCAUACAGUUUUUGCUGGAAUUGCACUGAGGAAGCUCACCGCCCAGUUGAUUGCGGAACUGUGGCCAAGUGGAUUUUGAAGAAUAGUGCCGAGUCUGAAAAUAUGAAUUGGUAUUGUACUGGAUCUUAG